AUGGGUACCGCCACAGAAGUUACCAACAGCCCCGAGAUGACGGAGGCCCAGAACCAGGCUAAGAAGGAUGUCGGCGCUCGUGAGGAGGCCGCGCCGGCCUACGUGCCCGCGACGGCGGAGGAGCACAACAGCGUCCUGACGGGAGAGGACGGUGAACUGAUCGACUACAAGACUCUCACCUGGUGGCAAGGUGGCAUCGUCCUCAUCGCCGAGACCGUGUCCCUGGGCAUCCUCUCGCUGCCCUCCGUCCUGGCGACUGUCGGUCUCGUCCCGGGCAUUGUCCUUAUCCUCGUCAUGAGCUUCCUGUCGACGUACUCAGGCCUCGUCCUCGCUGAGUUCCGCAACGAGUACCCCUUUGUGCAAAACUUUGGCGACGCCGUCGAGGUCAUCGGCAAGUCCAUUGGUAUGGGCGCCGUCUUCCAGGAGGUCUUUGGCUGGGCGCAGGUUAUCUUCCAGGUCUUUGUCAUGGGCAGCCACUUGUUGACCUGGACCAUCUGCCUCAACACCCUGACCAACUCGUCUACCUGCACCAUUGUGUGGGCCGUCGUCGGAUUGGCUGUUUUCGCUGUGCUCAACUUCCCGAGAACGCUCAAGUACACGAGUUAUAUGUCCAUGGCUUCAUGCUUGUCCAUCACCCUGGCCGUCCUCAUGACCCUUGGUGACGUCGCCGUUUCCCGCCCCAUCGGCUCCGGCAGCAUCGAAGUCGCCCGCCAGCUCGGCUUCACCGGCGCCUUCCUCGCCGUGACCAACAUCGCUAUUGCCUUCUCGAGUCACUCCUGCUUUUUCAGCGUCAUCGGCGAGUUCAAGAAGCCCGAGGACUGGCCCAAGGCCCUGGCCCUCCUCCAGAUCGCCGACACGACGCUCUACCUGCUCGCCGCCAUCGUCAUCUACGUCUUCGUCGGACCGGACGUCCCCUCCCCCGCCCUCUCCGCCGCCGGCUCCAAGACGAUGCGCAAGGCCAUCUGGGGCAUCGCCAUCCCGACCAUUGUCAUUGCUGGUGUCAUCUACGGCCACGUUGCCGCAAAGUAUAUCUUCUCGCGCCUCUUCCGCAACACGAAGCACAUGAUUCGCCGCACCAAGCUCUCCGGCAUCGCGUGGAUCGGCAUCGUCGUCGGCAUCUGGGCACUGUCCAUGGUCAUUGCCGAGUCCAUCCCUGUGUUCAACUCGCUGCUCGGCCUCAUUUGCGCACUGUUCGCCUCGUGGUUCUCGUAUGGUCUUCCCGGCAUUUUCUGGCUGUGGAUGCACUACGGCAACUGGUUCAAGGACGGAAAGCAGACGUGCAAGUUCGUGGCCAAUGUUAUCCUGUUCCUCACGGGCUUCCUCAUCUGCGUGCUUGGUCUGUGGGCGUCUAUCGAGUCGAUUGCAAAUGAGAAGGGCACCAAGCCGUGGACAACGCCACCGAAGCGUUGGGUCAUCGCAGGAAAGUAUGGGGCGAGUCCCAGUGGUGAUCAACGCCACUUGUCUUCACACCUGACCAAAACGAAUUUGCGGGAUGAGAAUCACAAGACCAGCAAGGACAAAUCUGCGGGACCAGUCUCCAACAGCAGCACCGAUGAGGUGUGGUUGAUCCAAUUCGCCGACUCCGUCCUCUUUCCCGAAGGCGGCGGACAACCGUCUGAUUACGGAUCAAUCACUCCCCUCUCAAGCACGGAUGCUACCGCCAUCCCCAUUCAAUUUGUCGAACGCGUUGGGCUACGAUGUGUCUAUCACUCUCCCAAACCCCUAGAUCCCGGUGAGAAGGUACGACAAGAAGUCGAUUUCCAGCGCCGAUGGGACCACAUGCAGCAGCAUACGGGCCAACAUCUCUUAUCCGCCGUCAUGAAUACCCAUGACAACCUCAACACUCUCGGCUGGGGCAUGGGAAAGACUGGGGCGAUGAACUACGUCGAUAUUCCGCGGAAACCUUCAGAUGCGGAACUACAAGCCAUUCAGGCGAGGUGUAACGAAAUCAUCCGCGCCAGCUUCCCAAUUACAGUCGAAACCCCGGAGGAUGCCAAGGUCCACAAGAUGCCCGAGGAUUAUGAUCAGAGUAAAGGAGUCGUUCGUGUGAUCCGGAUCGGCGACAUCGAUCGCAAUACAUGCUGUGGGACUCACCUCUCCCAAACAUCCCACAUCUCACUCAUCCUCGUCCAUCACGGCGAACCAGUCCACGGGAAGAACUACCGCCUCUACUUUUCCGUCGGCGAUCGAGCCAUCAACCUGGCGACAGCCUCCCUCGGUGCAAUGAGCUCUCUCUCAAAGCUGCUGUCGUGCAAAAACACGUCCGAAGAGAUAGUCCAGACCGUGAAGACCGUGCAGAGCUCCGCGGCGGAUCUCAAGAAGAGGGAAAAGAAGCUUCUCGCGGACAUUGCCGAGUUUGAGGCAGACGCUGCAAAGAUCAAGUUGCAAUCCACGAAGAGUGUGUGGGUUCAUCGCGCGGAUGGCAACGCGGACUUUGUGAAGUGGGUUACCGUCAACGUCAAGGACGCUGUGAUGACUUGUGGUGGAGUUGUUGUUUUGGCUACUGGCGAUGACGGGAACAGCGGACAAAUUUCUGUUCUCGGUGAGAAGUCUGCUGUCGCGGCACUCGUUCCAAAGAUCAAGGACGUUGUGAUGGGGGUGAAGGGCGGUGGUGGUGGGGAGAAGUGGCAGGGAAAGGUCACGGCAUGGGAAAAGGGCAACUUGAAAGCUCUGAAGGAGUUGGUAGAGGGGUUUAGAAUAUGA